GUUUGAGGAUUGUUUGCUUGGCCCGACAAGUCAGAUGAUCAUCUUUUCAGGGGUCAAUCAUCGUCAAUCUCCAGGCCUCUCCUCGUUCCCAAUGUAACGAUAAGCCAUUGAUACCACACCCAAGCCCGCGCAUCCCCGCUGGAGGGAUAAUGCUAGUGGUGUGCUUUCCAUGGCCCUCAGAGGUCCAUCCUGCCUCUUCACGACCUUAUCGCGUGGACGCUAAUGCGGGAGGGCUAGUUGCGUUCUGCAGCCUUUGAAGCUGGACUAGACUGGACAAGAUACGAAAUCCAGCAGAAUGCGUGGCAAUGAGAGGCUGGAGGAGAGAGAACCUCUUCUUGGGAUUGCGCCAGUUCAUCACACGCGCCGGAAUGAUGAUGGCACAAAGAACGACAUCGAAGAUAGGAAGGAUCCUGCUGGGCUGAUCGCCACUGCAUCCAUCGAUGACAUCCACACCGAAGCACGCAUUGCUGCCGAUGAGGAACAUGGCCACAGUUUCUUCAAAGCGCUCAAGCUAUAUCCGGCUGCUGUUGGCUGGUCGCUGUUCUUCUCGUUGGGCGUGAUCAUGUGUGGAUUCGACCCACAAGUCAUUGGACAGCUCUACGCGGUACCAAAAUUCCAACGCGACUUUGGCUAUCUCUACGAGGGCAAUUGGAUCAUAUCGGCACCAUGGCAGACGGGCCUAGGAAUGGGGUCACCUAUCGGCCAAGUCCUAGGAGCGCUUUUCGCAGGCUACCCCAUGGAAUGGUACGGCCGAAAAAAGACAUUUGGGGUCUGCGUUAUCUGCACGACCGGCUUGAUCUUCCUGCAAUUCUUUGCCAGGUCACUCCCGGUUCUGCUUGCGGGAGAGCUCCUGGGAGGACUCGUCUUGGGCACGUAUGCGGUGAUCGCUCCAGCUUACGCCUCAGAGGUUUGCCCUCUGGCCUUGAGAGGUGUCCUUACGUCCUGUACGAAUAUUUGUUUCGUCAUCGGUCAGCUACUCGCCAACGGAGUGAUUGCCGGGACGGAGGGCUUCGACAGCCACUGGGCAUACAGCGCUCCUUUUGCCGUGCAAUGGGUGUGGCCUUUUUUCAUCUUGAUCGGACUACCGUUUGCACCAGAGAGCCCUUGGUGGCUGCAGAGACAAGGCCGUUUCGAAGAAGCCGAAAAGGCUCUCAAACGCCUGGCCUCUUCCGAUAUUGAUGUGAAGCCGACCCUAGCUAUCAUCAUCGAGACCGACAGGCUGGAGAAGGAAAUCGAGACGGGUUCGACCUAUUGGGAUUGUUUCAAGAAGAUCAAUCGUCGCCGGACCGAAAUUGCAGUGGGUGUAUAUACCAUUCAAGUGCUGUCGGGUAUUUACUUGGUUGGUUAUGCGACUUACUUCUUCACAUUGGCUGGCUUGCCAACCACCCAAGCGUUCAACAUGGGGGUCGGAUUUCUGGCAGUUGGCUUCGUCGGGACGUGCCUUUCAUGGCUUCUCCUGGUACACUUCGGUCGACGAAGCAUCUACAACUAUGGUCUUGCCACCUUAGCAGUACUUCAGCUCAUUAUCGGCAUCAUCGACUGCUCGCCACACUAUGACCAAAGACCCUCGAUUGCCUGGGCGGAGGCCGUGAUUAUGGUCAUAUGGAAUUUUAUUUACGAUCUCACCAUUGGUCCGGUAUGCUUUGUUCUUCUCUGCGAAGUUUCGGCGACGAGAGUUCGCAGUAAAACCAUUGCCUUGGCCACUGCUGCACAGGCUCUCGCAGGAAUCGUGAUGACGGUGGCCAUUCCAUACAUGAUCAAUGCAGACCAAGCCAAUAUGAGAGGUAAGCUAGGCUUCUUCUUCGGAGGGCUUGCUGCGGCUUGCUUUACAUGGGCGUACUUCCGGGUGCCAGAGUUGAAAGGUAGGACGUUCCAGGAGGUGGACAUUAUGUUUGAGCGUAAUGUCAAGACGAGGGAAUUCAAGGACUAUGUCAUCACACGAGAGUGAUCUGUCUUGACAUGUCUGGGAGAACAUCGUCGCCGCUUGAAAACCUGUAGAAGCAGGCAGAAACGCUUGCGAAUUGCAGCGCUAACACCGCCAUCUAUUGCUAUAUCUGAGGAGCUAUAAUUACCAUUGGGUCGAAACAAAUCAUGUUAACAGA